UUUGUGACGUCAGGCUGCGCGGCCAGGCUGGGACAGGCGGCGGCUCGCGGAGGCGCUUCUUCGAGCGUGACGUGCGGUCUUCGCUCUGCUGCGGCCCGCCCGCCCGCCGGUCUAGCCGCCGCCUCCUUCGCUCCCUGAGCGCGCCAGGCUAGGGUCAGCGGCCGGGGCGACGCGGCGCGGAGAGGGCGGGCGGGCUGUGGGAGCGCCGGUCUCUAUAUGGCGGCGGCUCUGUCGGGCCUGGCUGUCCGGCUCUCGCGCUCGGCCGCCGCCCGCUCCUAUGGGGUCUUCUGCAAGGGGCUGACUCGCACGCUGCUCAUCUUCUUCGACCUGGCCUGGCGGCUGCGUAUCAACUUCCCCUACCUCUACAUCGUGGCUUCCAUGAUGCUCAACGUCCGCCUGCAGGUUCAUAUUGAGAUCCAUUGAAGGCCCUCCCAGACUGACGAAGGCGUGACGUCAGGCCCACUGCAUCCAAGAAGACGAAGCAUGAGGGACAGAAGAGGGCCUCUCGGCACCUGCCUGGCACAAGUGCAGCAGGCCGGAGGAGGUGACUCGGACAAACUAUCAUACAGCCUUAAGAAAAGAAUGCCAGAGGGCCCUUGGCCUGCAGAUGCACCCUCCUGGAUGAAUAAGCCUGUGGUUGAUGGAAAUUCACAAAGUGAGGCAUUAUCACUGGAAAUGAGAAAGGAUCCGAGCGGGGCUGGCCUCUGGCUUCACAGUGGUGGCCCAGUGCUUCCAUAUGUGAGAGAAUCACUAAGAAGAAAUCCAGCCUCAGCAGCGACUCCGAGCACAGCUGUGGGUUUGUUCCCUGCUCCAACAGAGUGUUUUGCUCGAGUGUCCUGCAGUGGUGUUGAAGCUCUGGGGCGGCGGGACUGGCUGAGAGGAAGGCCCAGGGCCACUGACGGCCACAGAGGACAGUGCCCCAAAGGAGAGCCUCGGGUGUCACGACUGCCACACCAUCAAAAACUGCUGGAAAUGGGAAGUUUUCAGGAUGACCCACCAAGUGCUUUUCCCAAGGG